AUGGGACCGGUAAAAAAAUGGGUGUUUGUACUUGUUUUGGAGGCCGUCGCAGUCAUAACAGUCAUAACAACGGAAUUGAUAAGGACUCCAGAAGACGAAAAGCUUACGGAAAUAACAUCAGCUGGUCUUACAAUGGGCCCCGCCAAUUUGAGUAUAAUGACAGCUAAACCUUGGGAAUCUACACAUCGCUUAUCCCCGUACAUCCGCCCUCAGCAAUACUUUAUUAAUCUGUACCCAAAUCUUGAACAAGGUUCAUUUGUUGGUUCAGUUGAAAUAACAAUAAUAUUGGAUACUGCACAAAGUUAUAUUAAGCUGCAUUCAAAAGGAUUGAAUAUCAAAGAAACUAAACUCAAUUCUAGUUCAGUAACAGCGUUUUCCUAUCCAGAACACGAAUUUUGGGUUGUGGUACCUAAUGAAGAACUAAGUGCUGGGGAAUAUAAAUUACAACUUUCAUUUGAAGGUAGUUUAUUAAACAAAAUUGUUGGAUUUUAUCGAAGUGUUUACAAUGAUUCAAAGAGCCACGAACAACAUUAUAUUGCUACAUCAAAGUUUGAACCAACAUAUGCGAGGUUAGCGUUCCCAUGUUUCGAUGAGCCUCAGCUGAAAUCAAAAUUUAAAAUUAGUUUAACUCGACCAUCUGGUAAUAACUACAUAGCAUUAUCCAACAUGAACCAAGAGUCUGAAGAGCUCAAUGUGCCUAUAAAUGGAUUGACUACAGUCCAUUUUGCUAACACUGUCCCAAUGUCCACGUAUCUUGUUUGUUUUAUUGUAUGCGAUUUUCAAUCACUUGAACCUGUUAAAACAGAUCAAGGAUUUCCGUUAACGGUUUAUGCCAGAAGUGGUCAAUCCGAAAAUAUGAAAUAUGCUCAACAUGUAGGUCUCAAGGCAAUUAAUUAUUUCGUCAAUUAUUUUGGUAUUCAGUACCCAUUACCAAAAUUGGAUCUGAUACCAAUCCCGGACUUUGUUUCUGGAGCAAUGGAACAUUGGGGUCUUGUGACAUUUCGUGAAUCAAGUGUUUUGUAUAAUGAACUCGUUGGUUCUAGUGCAGACAAAGAGGAAGUGGCUUUGACCGUGGCUCAUGAAUUGGCACAUAUGUGGUUUGGAAAUCUUGUGACUAUGAAAUGGUGGAAUGACUUAUGGCUAAAAGAAGGGUUUGCUUCUUAUUUGGAAUCAAAAGCUAUACAAGUUGUCCAUCCUGACUGGGAUGAAGACACAAUAUUUCUAAUUAAUAGUCUCCAAUUCGUACAAUAUCGAGAUAGUAAACUUAGUUCUCAUGCUAUAGUGCAAGAUGUAUCUCAUCCGAAUCAAAUAAAUGAAAUGUUUGAUUUCAUAUCAUAUGAUAAAGGUUCUUCUGUAAUACGAAUGUUAGAAGGAAUGUUGGGUGAAGAAGUAUUCAGAAUUGGUGUGAACACAUAUUUAAAACGUUUUGCAUUUAACAAUGCUGAUACUGAUGAUUUAUGGGCAGAAAUACAAACAGCGACUCAAUAUACAGUUGAUGUUAAAAAGGUUAUGGAUACAUGGACACGUCAAGCAGGGUUCCCAGUAGUAUCAGCUAUACGGAAUGGAACUAAACUUACUUUGAAGCAACAAAGAUUUGUGUCUGACCCAAAUAAUAAUUCGUCAAAUGACCCAUCUCCAUAUAAUUACAUAUGGGAAAUACCAAUUACAUAUACCACUUCAAACAAUAAUACUGUACAUAAGUUUUGGUUAACCAAAGACGUGGAUUCAAUUACGAUUGACAUACCUGAUGCUGAAUGGAUAAAACUAAAUCACAGACAAGUUGGAUAUUACAUCAUAAACUAUUCUGAGAGUGAUUGGUGUUUACUUAAUAAUUUAUUAGAAAGAAAUGUUGAUGCAUUAAGUGCGGCUGACCGUUCAAAUCUUAUUCACGAUGCCUUUAGUUUGGCAAAAGCUAAUUACUUACCAUAUGGCAUUGCGUUAAACAUGACAAAAUAUUUAUCCAAGGAACAUCAUUAUGUACCUUGGGAUGUUGCUGCUUCUAACUUAAAGAAAUUAAGGCAACAUUUAUAUGAACGCCCGGCACAUAAAAACCUCGAAAAGUACGUACAACAUUUAUUGGGGAGUAUCAAAGAAGAUUUUUGGAAUGAUUCAAGUGAUAGAAACUUUUUACAACGUAAACUUCGAGGAGUUAUUCUCAAUUUGGGAUGUUUAUAUGGUUUACCCAGUUAUCAAUCAAAAGUAUAUGAACUAUUCAAACGAUUUUUGAAUGAUGAAGUCAAGCCACAUCCAGAUAUUAGAUUCACAGUUUAUUACUAUGGAAUGUCUCUGGGCAAUAAUAGUGAAUGGAAUAGAUUGUGGGACUUAUUCUUAAAUGAACAAGAACCUCAGGAAAAAGAUAAACUUAUGAUUGCAUUGACAGCCUCAAAAGAAAUAUCAAUAUUAAAUAGACUAUUGAAAUAUGCAAAAAAUGAGAGCUAUAUUCGUUCCCAAGAUUAUUUCAUAAUCAUAUCACAGAUAAGCCGAAAUCCUAUUGGAACUCAAUUGGUAUGGGACUUUUUGAGGGAUGAAUGGCAGUACUUGGUUGAUCGUUUUUCUCUGAAUAGUCAGCAACUUGGAAAUCUCAUUCCUUCAGUUUGUUCUCGAUUCAAUACUAAUGAACGUAUUGGAGAGAUGAAUAUAUUUUUUGCUAAACAUCCAGAAGCUGGAGCUGGAAAAACCGACCGGGAAAAUGCGCUAGAAGUUGUAUCAAAUAACAUUAAAUGGUUAGAAAAUUAUGAAGCUGUUAUAAAACCUGGAGUUGGAAAAUCAGGCCGAAAAAUUGCACUAAAAGUUGUAUUUAAUAACAUUAAAUGGUUAGAAAAUCAUGAAUCCGUUAUUCGUAAUUGGUUGUUAAAUUCCAUUCAGUUAAUAUGGAUUUGUACUGUCAAUAUUUUAUUUUACAGGGUCGUAUUAAUUAUUAUUACAAUUAUAAAAUAUAUUGUUCCUAUUUGUUAG